CGCUGCAGUCAAGUUCCUCGCCGGUUAUGGAGCAGCAGUCGACUUCGCGCCAACUAACAUAUAACAAAUAAUACGCACAUUAACUGCAAGUAAAAGGUCACGAUAGUAGAGAUUAUAGCGAAAACACGCCUCACAUUUUUGGAAAUUAGUAUCCCUAGUGUUGCACGAAGUCAGGAAGAAGUUAGUGCUGUGCAGAAAGCUGAAUUCGCGUGUGAUAUCGAUAAGUGUUUUGUAAAACGAGUGUGUUUUCGUUAACCGAUAGCGUUUGAUAACGCUCGAAAGUCAUUCGCGGUGCCACACACAGCGCGGAAAGUCGCGUAGUAACAACGCUAGUUUCGCGUUAAAUGUUUGAAGACAAUUCGAUAUUUACCCAAGUGUGUACCGGUUCGGACUUAAGUGCUACAUUGUGUACGGUAUUAUAUGAUUGUUAUUUGAGAAAAUGCGUGUGGAGUUCUGGUCUAGUCUGGCAGCUAUAAGCUGGUUUGCGGCUUUCGUGGGAUGCCAUACUCCGAGCAGCGAAUUGGAAUCUGGUCGAUAUGGCGGCGAUGAGAGAUUCAUGGGCAGCAGUGAUACCUUCACCGUGGUCAACAUCAAUAUUACCUACGAAGAUGAACACGGAGAAAUUUAUACUGAGAUCUCAGAGUGCGGCAAGUAUGGUGAAGGCUACAUCGGUGCGGCGCGUGGCGUCGCAGUCCAUGUCAGGGGCAAAGGCCCCGGCGGAGAAAGAGACCACACAGGGUGCACGUGGCCCCUGCUCUCGGUCGCCGAUCCUGAUGGGCCCCUCCCUACGGAACCCUGGAUCGCAGUCAUUCGACGUGGGAGCUGCAACUUUCAGAUAAAGGUGCACAACGCGUGGCGAGCAAACGCGUCUGCCGUUCUCAUCUACAAUGACAGAGAUACUACUGUUCUUGAGAAGAUGAAGCUCGACACUGAUAACGGACGAAACAUAAGUGCGGUGUUCACGUACAAAUGGAAGGGUGAGGAGAUAGCGCGUCUAAUCGACAACGGCACCCGCGUCAUGAUCGGUAUUGUUCGAGGCCGAACUUUCACUAAUAUUAGCAAUAACAUCAACAAGACGUCGGUGCUGUUCGUCUCGAUCUCGUUCAUCGUACUGAUGGUGAUCUCUCUGGCGUGGCUCGUCUUCUACUAUAUACAGCGCUUCCGGUACAUACACGCAAAGGACCGCCUCUCCAAGCGGUUGUGCUGUGCCGCAAAGAAGGCGCUCUCCAAAAUACCUGUUAAAAGUUUAAAGACUGAUGAUCGAGAGGUGCAAGGGGACGGCGAGUGCUGCGCCAUCUGCAUCGAGCCUUACAAAGUGUCCGAGACACUCAGAUCUCUGCCUUGUAGACAUGACUUCCACAAGAACUGCAUAGAUCCGUGGCUGCUAGAGCACCGCACCUGCCCAAUGUGCAAGAUGGAUAUACUCAAGUACUACGGAUUUGUGUUCACGGGUAGCCAGGAGAGCAUCCUACAGCUGGAAGUGGAGGAAGCGAGGAGUCGAGCGCUCAGCCCUGCGAGAAAUAGGCAUCCUCUCACGCUGUUGACGAGCGACAAUUCGUACGAGGAAGCCGGCAGCGAGCGUAGCAGCCGCGCCUCUUCGCCUGAUGAGUUGGUGCCCUCGCUGCCGUCGCACCACCCCGCACUGACCUCUACGCACUGCUCGCAGACCACCAGGUCGUGCUCAGUGACGCCUCCUGGCUCCCCUGAGGCGUCGGCGAGUGGGUCCAGCAGCCAGCAGAACUGAGGGUUGCUUCCGCGCGCCCCCCGCGCGCCCCUCACGCGCCGCGCGUGGCGCCAGCGCCUGCGCGUCACACUCGCGUUACUGGCCAGCGACCAAACGGUCGCACGACUCCACGGCCAGACGGUCGCACGAUUGCAGUCUCAAAUGCACCGCAGUGAUGUGUUCAUCGGCCCUUAAAUACUCAGAAAAAAAAUUACCCAUAUCAGUUGGAACUUCCAGUGAACGUGUUCAAACGGUGGAUGAAAAAAGUGAUAUUUUUUGCUAUAAGGAUAUUUUGUAGUUUCGUAUGUGUAGAACCUUUAACCGCCACUCCGCCUAGUCAACGAAAUAGUGUUCUUUGUCAACAAAUAUUACCUGUUAAGCAAGCAAUUUUCCCUCAAUAAGCUUCGCCACACGGAACGCAAGCCAUAGCCGCCACCGACCCGCGCUCCGCGUGGCGAAGCCUAGAAAGCUGUCGUUUGUACUUAAUAUUAAUUUAAUCGGUCCAUGAUCUCAUACGUACGUUACCUUGUAUGUAAAACUCUUGGAACCUUUUAUAGCGAAAUGUAUGAGAAGCUAUCGAAUAUAGCGCCUGACCAUUUCCUCAAAAAUAAAAUUAUACAACCUAGUUGCUAUACAAAAAUAUUAUUUUUAUAUUAAAAAUUUGAACUAGGUACGUGCCAAAUACGUAACUUUUUCAUGUAUAGAGACGUAUGAAAAAAUGAAAUUGUAAACGUGUCGUUUCAUACACACAAAACAAGCCGUCACGUCAGAUUGCGACACAUUAAUAUAUGAAACCAAUACCGCUCUGACGCGUCACGACACAACAUAUCAGACAAAUGUAAAUCCGGCUUAACAUACAUUCAAGUUGCAAGAUUUAUUUUUGUUUGCACGAUAUGUAUUGUACAAACUCGUUUGUAUUUUUUUAUCUGUAGAACAUUACUACAGUAUGCUUAUUGUAAUUUUUCAUGUAUUCUAUGUACAUAGUUGUAUUGAAGACCAUAGGGGCUUGAAAGGCGAUAUUUAUUAGUUAAUUGCAUCUUAAUAACUAGAAGUUUGGAAAUGGUCAGUUUAUUGUAGGUUGUGGUGCCCCAAUAUAGUUAAUAAUCUUUGUGCGGACGUAACAUUGCUCUUGUAGCAUUUCUUGCACGUAACAUUAAAUUUUGACCGAAAAAGUUAUUUACAUAUACUUCGUUUUUUAAGAAUUGCAAAACCUGUAACAAAGAAACAGUGAUCGUAAACCUUUUUCUUCAGUUAACAAAUUACAGUAAAGUAAAUAUCAUGAGAAUUGAUGACAAAUGAUACGACAAUAUGUUGUUAUUUUAGAAAAAGUUUUAUGUUUAGAACCUCUGUCAUUUUAAGUUUUUUAUAACGCAUAGAUAUAAUAAUAAUAAUAAUACGUAUGUAAAGAUAUAAUUUGUUAAUAAUAUAU